UGUCCGAGCAAGUGUAGAAGGGGUGAGCCUUGUCUUCACACCUUCAACAUCCACACGAUACCAGCGUCUUCUCGCCCCCUUGGAGUCUCUGUCGCCGCGCAGGCACUCUAUAACCAGCCAUCAUGAUCGGACAUCCAUCACUUGCGCCACCUCUGCCCAUCAUCUCGCACAAUGAAGCACAUGACGCGGACCCUUACGGCUUUUACGAUGCUCGCAGACACGCAAGCAGCAUGGACGACGACACCUUGGAGAUUCUCACCAAUGGCCCGGCUGAGACCGACAACUUUCUUUCGCUCGAUUUGGAGCCAGCUCGGCGAGGCCGAGCCUCUUACGAGUCAAACGCAGGUAGCAGCGCAUCUCGUCGGAGCACCAUGAUGGCGCAGCAGCAGCAGCAGCAACACCUAGGCGAUGAUCUCCCGGGCGCCAAGGCCCGCAAGAUCCUAGGCAUCAAGGCAGGCCUCGACUUAGGCGAUGACUUUGACGAAGACACCUGUACGAACCGCCGACGCAACUCCAGCGACACCCACAACGGCCGGAACAAAAAGCGGCUGAGCAUCGCUUCUGCAUUAGCUCGUAACCGCCCCGUUCGACCUUCAGUGCCACUGCCUAAAAGGAGCGCUGGCUUGAGCGGCAGUGGCAGUAGCGCCAUCUCGGACGACGAGGGCUUUGGCAGCGGCAGGCAGAGCCACAACUGGGCUGCACUGCGAGGUUCCGCAAACUCUAUCAGUCGACCAAGCUCACGCGAAUCGAAUCAUAGCGCGACAUCGUCCCUGACAAGCUUCUCGAAGCACUUGCGGCCUAGACACACGACGUCAGCCACCGACGACCAUGUAGCUCAACAACGCGACGCGAUGAGAAUCUCGAGCCCUGUGGCUUCGCUACCUCUUAAGAGUCCACUGUCCCCUUUGCCUCCCCCAUGCGACUGGGCUCCGCCUUCUAGUUGGCACUCGCAGAGUCCCUCCAAUCGUAGUCAGUCAUCCUUGACCUUGCCCACUACGCCAUCUUUGCCGCCGCGGUCGUCAGCAGAGGGCUUCCUCUCCCGAGGCUCCAUCGACGUCAACACACCCAUGACACCCAGCAGCACCACCAGCACAUUCGGCACCCCCAGCACGCCCGGCAGCAGCAUGAAGAAGUCCUCUGCCCGAUUUGAUGCUUACCUCAAGCGACUCCGCGUGCCACGGGGCAGUCAAUCCUCCGCCGCGACCAACGAAGGAGAAGACAGCCCGGCAAGCAUCGUCAACCACCCAAGGACGCCCACGGGGCUCGCUUCUCCCUCGUCUGUCUCGUUGCGAGAGCUCAUGCUGUGGGAGAAGAGUCUCGAGACUUCCCAAAGGAACGCACAAUGGCAGUCGAUGGUGGAGCAUCGCCCUCGCACCCAUCGCACCACUUCGUCAUCAAAUCUCUCGACGCUCUCCUCGGAGGCGGCGACGCGAGGGACGACCCUCGGCAGCAAAAGUGCUACGGCUUCUCUCUCGACGAUUAGCUUGUUUGAUGGCGAGCCGAUGCACAAUCAUGGACCAUCCUCAGCGUGGAAUGACAGCAGUAGCGAUGUGAUGGUAGACAUGAGAGCAAGCGGUGAAGAAGAGCGACUAGAGGCGCCAUAUCCGUUCUGCGCUACAAUUCCCUACCCGCUGCACCCACAGCCACGGCAUGAAGGUGACGAGGCAGUGGAAUUCCUCGAGGGAGAUGAAAGCGUGGACCAGCAGGGAGGCGAGGCUCUCGCGGAAGAGAGGCCGCCCCUCGUUACGGCCAAGUCGAUGCCUGUUGGACUUGGUAUCCAUGACAACGGCAACCGAAAAGAGGAGUGCACACAGCACCCUUUCAAGUCUUGGGAUUCGGCGAUAACGCAACGCGGGAGAGGCCUGAGCGAUGAUGUGACUUUGUCAGGCAACGGCAGAGGUCUGUCAAAGGAGAAGAAAGAGACUUCUAGGACGACACCAGCGCUGCUCUUGUCGCCGACAAAGGGAGCGAGCUCUCGACGGAACUGGCCAGGCGGCUCCGCACGGGCGCUACCGCAGGCACCGCUACUUCAUCAUCAUUUCCUGCCUUUGCCUGCCAUCCCUGACCAGACAACAGCUGCAUCUGUCGCCUCGGUACAGAAGCCUAGCGCCUUGACGCAGGUCCAGCAACAAAGACGGCAUCCUUCCGACCAUCAAUGUGCUCGCAACCUCAGCAUCGACUUUACCAGCGAAAGCGGUAGCGCCUCACUCUUCGAUUCAGCAGCUGAGGCGCUACUCCUUGAGCUUGAGGACGAGAUUCGGACAGCAUCUGCCUCCGUACCCCAAGACAGCGAUGGGAGCGGGGAUGACGACCACCUCGGCGGCGAGUACGAGGACGAGUGGCUCGCAGCACAGCGUAGGCCGAGCGCGCUUGAGAUGCAGGUGCAGUGGCCGAAGCGCCCCUCUAUUACAAUCAGUGACGUCGGAGUGAGGGGAGGUAGUAGCAACAAAGUGAAUGCCUCGACCCUCGCUGCCUGGAAGUCCGCCUCCCCUUCGUCCUCAAGGUCGUCUGUAGCGGAUACGGCGGCGACGACGACGACGACGACGGCGACUGCUACGACGGAGGAUGGGCUGCUGAUUAUUCUGCCGCCCUCGUCGAGCUAUACUGACGUAAAGGCAGUGGCGAGUGCGAGUGCUCGAGAAGUUGGUGAGGCAACACUGCAUGGCCAGGAGAGGGUGCCUGCCCUAGACGAAGAGCAGGGGGCGACGUUUUGGUGAAGAGGAGGGGGCGGGCGGGAAGCGCAAUUCUGUCAAUGGUACCUGCUAUCGUGCUGUCCUCUAUACCUGUUUUCUGUAUUUCUUCAUACCCUACAUCGUUGUCUCCCAUCUGCAAUGUAAACAAACGUCCUUUGCUUAAGAUGCAAGUGAUGAUGAGGAGAGAGCGAUAUUGGCUCAAGGCCUGUGCGUUGUGACGACGGGGAGCCACGCUUGGAGCUGGACUCGGUUCGAGCGGCAAGCGGCAAGCGGCGGCAGGCGGCAGGCUGUGCGAGAUGUGGAUGGGCUCAGCUGGAGGAACCCCUUGUCGUCCGACCA